UUCAUACUAGUUAGCUGUGAAAAGUAUUUAGCAGAAAUAGAUUUGGAAACUACAGAUUUCGAGGCUAUUUCGGCGCUACUAUCCAUCGUUCGCGGCAACCACGACACCCAGCAGUAGCAGCAGUGCACCAGCAAAAGACGCAAACAUGGGCGACGUGAUGAAUAUCGACAGCAUAAUAUCGCGACUUCUCGAGGUGCGUGGGGCACGGCCAGGCAAGAACGUACAGCUCUCGGAAAGCGAGAUCCGCGGCCUCUGCCUGAAGUCCCGCGAGAUAUUCCUCUCGCAGCCAAUCCUGCUCGAGCUGGAGGCCCCGCUGAAGAUCUGCGGUGAUAUCCAUGGCCAGUACUAUGAUUUGCUGCGCCUGUUCGAGUACGGCGGAUUCCCACCGGAGUCCAACUACCUGUUCCUGGGCGACUACGUCGAUCGCGGCAAGCAAUCGCUGGAGACCAUCUGCCUGCUGCUCGCCUACAAGAUCAAAUACUCGGAGAACUUCUUCCUGCUGCGCGGCAACCACGAGUGUGCCAGCAUUAAUCGCAUAUACGGAUUCUACGACGAAUGCAAGCGUCGCUACAGCAUCAAGUUGUGGAAGACCUUCACCGACUGCUUCAACUGCCUUCCGGUGGCGGCCAUCGUCGACGAGAAGAUCUUCUGUUGCCACGGCGGCCUGAGUCCCGAUCUGACCUCCAUGGAGCAGAUCCGCCGCAUCAUGCGGCCCACCGAUGUGCCCGAUCAGGGACUUCUCUGCGAUCUGCUCUGGUCCGAUCCGGACAAAGACACCAUGGGCUGGGGCGAAAACGACCGCGGCGUCAGUUUCACUUUCGGCGCCGAGGUGGUGGCCAAGUUCUUGCAGAAGCACGAGUUCGAUCUCAUCUGCCGAGCCCAUCAGGUCGUCGAGGAUGGGUACGAAUUCUUCUCCAAGCGCCAGCUGGUCACCCUCUUCUCGGCGCCCAACUACUGCGGCGAGUUCGACAACGCCGGCGCCAUGAUGUCCGUGGACGACACGCUGAUGUGCUCGUUCCAAAUCCUCAAGCCGGCUGACAAGCGUAAAAAGUAAUAUCACACAUGCAGCAACAAAAGCAGUCUUUUUCUAUAUAAAAACUAAAAACAACAAACAAAACAAAAACACACACACCAACAACCAGAAAUAAAAUGCUUCGAAACCACACACAUCAGAUUAUGGAUGAAACCCGGGCGAGUCAAAAUUCACAAGAAAAUCCCUCAACGGACAGCCAGCAAAUGCAUGGAGGAGUGGCGUCUCGACCAAAAGGACAUCCUGGGUCCUAAGCAGAAGAAUGAAUUUUUUUUCCCAAUUGAGAUUUGAUUCGCAAUUACAAAAACACAUUGACAAAUACCAUGAUUAAAAGCCACAUAUUUAUUUUUAA